AUGGCUGACAGUAAAGAGGUUGUUAAGAAAAAAAGAUUGAAUUUACCACCUGAAUGGAUUGCUUUGCAAUCUAAAAAAUAUCCGAAUAGAACAUAUUAUUAUAAUACGAUAACGAAACGUUCAUCAUGGGAAGUUCCAAACGAGGUAUCAAAAGCAAAUAAAAUAACAAAAAAAAUAAAAUUGCCUUCAUUCACAGAAGAAACAGUUAAAAUGCCAAAAGAACCUCCUAUUAAAAUAAAAAAAAUAACAAAUUUCAAAAGAAAUUACAGAAGCAAUAAAGAUUCGACAUGCGAAUUAAACAUGGAUAAAGAUAUUGGUCCUGAUAUUAUGAAAACUGCUGACAAACAAAAUUUAAAACUAAAAGAUAAACCUUCAGAAUUGAAAAAUUUAUCAAAGAAAAAAAUCGAUACUCAAAAACAGAAUUUAAUAUUAAAUAACCUUUUAAAAUUAAGGAAAAAGGAAAAGAAAAAUUCAGAAGAAGUCGGUAGCAAAUCAAGUAAGGCGAGUGUUUCAAACAAGGAGAUUUUAAAUGCAAGUAAUAAUUCAGAUUAUGUUCAAAAUAAGAAAAUUAAAAGCAUUGGAAAUAAUAGUAAAUUAAGUCAAAUUUGUGACAAUUUAGAAAGUCGUAACUUAAAUACGAGCAUUAAAAAAAAUAGUAAAAAUGAAAUAUUAAAUGAUAAAAGUUUGUUAACGAAAGCGACGAUGAAAAAAAAGAAAAAAAAAAGCAAAAAAAAAAAUUUAAAUGAUGUCAGUGAAAAAAUUAAAAAUGAAAUUAAUCAUAUUUUAUCGAGUGAACUACCCGUCGACUCUGUUAAAUCGACACCAUCCAUAAGCGACUACAUUAAAAUUGUUAAAUCAAUAAAUGUACCUGAAUCUUCUGAAUGUCCUUCACAACUUGUUUGCAAAAAUGAUAUUCAAAAUUGUGAAACAUCUAAAGUUCAAGAAAUAAACAAGGUUGAAAUAGAAUUAGUAAAUAAUUUUAAUGAAGAAAUGGAUUGGGAACCUUCAAUGGAUGUGCAAUUCGAUACCAAAAAUAAUAAAAACAGUUCUAUUAAAAUGAAUUCUAGUCAAGAGUAUUUGAAUGAGUUUUCCAUUUUGAAAUCGAAUAUAACAACAAUGGAAUUAUCUGAAAGUAUUUUCGAGUUGAUAGUAGUUGACACGAAUGUUCUCAUAUCAUCAUUAGAUUUCAUCGCAGAAUUGAUAGAAAUAAAUGUCAUGACAUUGAUCCAUCCAAUUUUAUAUAUUCCAUGGUGUGUUCUUCAAGAAUUAGAUCAUCUUAAAAGUAUAAAAAAUGAUUUUACAAAACAAAAUCUUAUAAUGAACGCAAGAAAAGCAAUUUCGUUUUUAAAUAAUUUUUUCAAAGCUAAACAUCCCAGAUUGUGUGGUCAAUCAUACACAGAUUAUUUGGAAAACAUUGAUAAAAAAUCAUCAGCAGACGAUAAAAUACUCGAAACUUGCAUUAAAUUAAAAAACACGUACCAAGAACAAAGAGUGAUAUUCAUAACGAAUGAUAAAAAUUUAGAAUCGAAAGCUUUGGUGAGCAACGUUGAAGUUUAUUCGAAAGAAAAUUUCGAAAAUAAAUUUUUCAAAGAUGUUCUAAAGGGUGAUAAAAUAAUAAACAAUGAAAUCGUAAACGAUUGCAAAGAUGAGGAAAACGAUAAAAAAAUCGAUAAUGUUAUGAAUGAAUUUAAUUGCAUAUUGAAAAGUUUUUUCUCAGAAGUUUUAGAAACGGAAAUGAAAUUAGCUUUUGACAAUCAAUGGUUAUUGGUUUGUUUUAAGAAGCCACCCUGGACAUUAAGAAAUGUUUUAGAUUGUAUAAUAAAACAUUGGAGAUCGGUUUUUUUUGUUAUUUUUAAUAAAAAAAUUUUAAAUCUUUUCGAAGAUUUACGUUCGAAAAUAUUUCAAACAAAAUAUGUCAAUAAUUCAACGGCUGUUGGUGUUAUUACAAUUGCUCAAUCUUUAAUAGAAGAAAUAAAAUAUUCACAAGCUAAAAAACGUCCUUAUUUGACAUCCAUCGAUUCCAUAUUGAAAAAUUUUUCAAAUUUUUCCAAAGAUUUGCUUUCAUCAAAAGUGAUUUUAUUUUUUAAUAUAAAUCAUUAUAUAAAUGAUGAUAAAUUCGAGUUACCACCUAAACCACCUGACAUACCUGAUGAAAAUUUCGUUUCGCAAUCUUCAGAACCCAAUUUUCAACAUACAAAUUUAUAUUCUAAUAAUAAUAAUAAUUGUAAUGUCGGACAAAAUUCCAUUGAAACAUCGUCAACCGAUCAAAUUUCACAAUUAGAAUAUUUUAAUUAUGCCAAAGAUUUAUUUAGACACGUUUGGGAAUCUCUUCAAAAUUUUGGCGAAAAUAUUUCGAAAAUGUUGAUGAAUUCUACCGCGGGAUCUAAUUAUAAUUUAAAUAAUCACGACGUGAAAUUUGAACUAAUGCAAAGACACGACGAAAUAGUCAAAUUAAUUGUUAUGAUCGAAAGAGUUUUCGAACUCAAUUUACAAAAUUUGAACGAAUCAAAUGCGGAAAUUGUUAAUUUGAGUAAUUUUUUCAUACAAUCCAUGCCUUUUAUGGAAAACGAUAUGAAAAUGAGAUUGCCCGGGUGUUUGGUUAUUUUUUUUAAAAAUGGCGAAGGAAGAGUUUUAAUAAUGCGUUCAUUAGAUGAAUUCAAAAGUUUUUGUCAGAAUUUAGUCAAAGCAGUUGAAUUUUUCGAAAGAGGUUAUUGCGGAAGUUAA